ACCCUUAUUUUUAAAUAUAUACAAAAAAUAGCAAAACAAAAAACCUCAGUUGUUUUUUCUUGUUCUUUACGCAUAGUUCUUCUCUGAUGUCUGUUUGAAUCUGUUUGGAUUGGAAGUAGGAGUCCUACUGUAGGACGCAGUGUGUUCAUUAAUAAAUUUAUAACAUAAACAAUUACGAUUUUAGGAUCAGCAAAAAUUGGGUUUUUAGCAAGACUCCAAUGUUUUAUCGAAAACCCUUUUUUCAACUGAAACCUCCUUUCCCAAUUAGUUUUCAUUCGAACUUCACUAGCAAGAGAGACUUAUAUAACAAAUGUUAUAUGAUUCUUGGCGUGACGGAGAAUUCUGAUCAAAAUUCGGUGCGAGAAGCUUACAUUUCUUUGGUCAAAAGGCUACAUCCUGAUAGUGGGCACCCAGAAGCAAAUGCAGAUAAGUUUCAAGAGGUGGAUGCGGCAUUUCGAAUUUUGCAACAAAAAUUUGCUAAAUCUCGCAGAGGAAUAGUCGAAGAUCUGCAGGAUAAGGUGAAAAUGUUCGACAUACGACAUACAGCUCCACAGCACCGACAAUAUCUCAGUUUUGAAGGGAUAGGUGUAGGAACCCCUGCGCAGCGCCAGAAACAGUACCAGUCGGUUCGAGCACAGCGGGCUCAAGAACGAGUGCUGGAACACCGGAUGUCAAAAGCACAAGCUUCCGAGAUGGCUCUCAUGAAGAAGGGGGAAUAUUUCAAAAAGCAUGAGAUUAAAACCAAAUACGGAUUUGAUCGAGUCGUGGAAGAUUUAAUACAAGAAGCAAUGUCUCGUGGAGAUUUCAGUAAUCUGUCUGGAUUUGGCAAACCUUUACCGAAUCAUCAGAGUCAAAAUCCGUACGUAGAUUUUACCACAGCUAAAAUUAACAAAAUUAUGCUUGACAAUGGUUUUACUCCCGAGUGGAUCACGUUGCACAAGGAAAUCCGCGAAGACAUAGAGUGUGUGAAGAACUCUCUUUAUAAAGAGCGUAGUCAGUUAGGUGAAUAUCCGCUUACUAGAACUGAUGAGUACAAGUGGGAACAGGCACUUGAAGAACACCAAGCGCUCGUGCAAGGUGUAAAUAAAAAAGUCGAUAAAUUUAAUCUAAUAGUUCCGGUCUUAAAUAAGCAAAUGGUGCGGUUUGACCUGGCAACGAUAGGAAAAACAGUGCUUCAAACAGGAAAACAUAGAGACCAGUUGCAAAGUGAGGAAAAGCUGCUCUCGUCAAACACUGAACCAAAGCACGCGGAGAAGGUCAAUAUUUUUAGUUUAAUAGAGUCGCUUUUAAAAUGAUAAAUGACGGUGCCAAUUAAAUUGUUUUGUUUCAACAUGAUUAAAGAAUCGUCAAAAUGCAGAAUAAAAGUGGUAUUUUGUUGCUUUGCAAAUUUUAA